AUGGGUGAUAUUGAGGACUCGGACCUAAUAAAGGCCCAACUCGCCAUGGACGCUUUGGGCGCGACUCGAGUGGCCCGCUCAAAGACCCAAGCACCGCCAAAACCGCCAACAACCGAAACCGAUCCUGCUACCGAAGCCCUCGAUACUAGCGCCUACAAGAUCUGGAAGGAUGAAGCCACGGGAAAGUUACUACCCACCUGCGGUGCACUCUUACCUCCCGGUUAUGAACAGUCAGAUCAGCCUGACCUUCCCUGGAUUUGUCCCAUCAGAACUUGUCGAGCCCUCUUACCUGGCCUCACUGGUCUAGGCAGACAUUUUGGUGUAGUCCACCGUGCUUGUCGAUUAAACGAUAAUCUGGAUGGUACCUUGACCGACCUUGGAACAUAUGCUGAUCCCACCCCCGGCAAUGGUAGGAGGUUCGGCGGCAUUCCCAGGUCCUGCAUUAUGGUAUCCAAAAAGUACAUGAGCCUCGCGGAAUCACCAAUGGUCGAGCCCAAGCCAUACACGUACCAUGCCCAAAACAACAACAAGGCCGCGCAGGAGCUCCCUAAACGCGAGCUUCGUCGACGAUCGCAAAUAGAUGGAAGUGGAAUUGGAACCAUUCAAGUCCCAGCUAUGAGUGACGACGAACUUAACCCCCAGGAUGAGGUCAAGGGUGCUAUUAUUCCUUCCAGCGAGGGGCCUGCGGAGAAGAUUUUGGUGAACUCAAAAUCCGGACGUCCAUACAACAUGUGGCCUGACGAAUCUGGGGAGUUGAAAGAUUUAAUGGGCACAGUAUUGCCGGACAAAUGGACCUUUUAUACAGAACAUCCUACCCACCAGUGGAUAUGCCCAGUCAGAUCAUGCCGGUGGCUAUACAGCGCGAGGUCUCACCUUGCCAAUCACUUCAAGAUGAGAUACUAUGGUUGCCGGUUCAAUGACAAUCUGGACGGGACUUUUACCAUUGUCAAGCGCCCUGCCAGUCUGCCACUCGAGCAACUUCGGAUCGACUUUGGCAAUAAUCCACCCGCCGUAAUAUCGCGAGGACCAGAUAAUACUGAACCAUUAGCGGAACCUCAGAUGUCCCAAAACUAUAUCAAUCGAAAGCUACGAGAACAUCGCAGAGGGAAAAGCUCAUCGGUCGCGGAGACUAUCAUCAAGGACGGCAGAGACUUACAAAAAAGGCACAACGCAGAACGUACCAACUCUCCAGCUGAAAACGCCCGCGUUAUCGCUUCCAAUGUGGGAUUUAAGCAUGCCACCGAUGGCCGGCCUUAUACCCAUCUGUUGAAUCCGGAAACUAAUCAGUAUCAAGUGACCCGAGGAUUGAUACCUGAAGGAUACCAACUCGAACAUGAAGCGCACCCCAUUCGGCCUUGGAUAUGCCCCAUUAGGUCGUGCAGACUCCUCAGCAGAACCCAAGCAGCUUAUAGCAAUCACUGGAACGUAUACCAUCCCAACGUGUGCGUAAACGACAACCAAGACGGAACCUUUAGCAUCGUUGAAGGUCUCAGCGAGAACGGUGCCCGUGUUGUGUCUAGGGGCCCAAUGGGAUAUGACGAGUCACCUUCGAGAGAGGCGCAGUUACCCAUUAAGGAACGGGGGCGUGUUGUAAAGCCGGAUGUUUCUACUGACGACGGUAGCGAUCAACAAACUAAAGCUCUCGGCCAGGUACGCCAGAAGCGGAGUUUCAACAAGAUAUCAACAACACCGCCAGGACCAGAACCAGAAGAGGAACAAGCUGGAGACCCCGAAGGGCUGUGGCGAUACAUCAUCUCCCAGACCGGAGGCGACUUUCCCGACAUUGAGGAACCGGAACUGGAAAUCCUCCUCGCUUUACCCCGUCGGCGGGAUCUCAAGUUGAAGCGCCCCAUUCCAGUAACUCACACCCUCACUUUCAAACAGCUUGCCUCAAUAGCCGUGCAACUCACUGGGCGUGAAAUGCCAAGCCGUCUGAGCAAAUUGGUCUCUUCCAGUUGUUGCAAUGCCUGUGCUAACUGUCUGUACGACAAGACGCACAAUGCAUGCAGUAUCAAGCAUAUGACCAAAUUUAAAGAGAAGCGUGUGGCAGACGUGGUUGCGUUUAGUGGUGAUGGAGAUGAAGCAAGAGAUGAAGCAGGGCACGAUGCCGAAGAUGAAGCGGAUGAGGAGGACGACGAGGAGGAAACUUACGAGUACGACGAGCAACUCGGUGCCACGGUCAUUCGGCGAUCAAAGAGGUUACCGAGUUUGCCUCAUGCGGAAGAGAAUGAGGCAGAUAUGGACGCAGAACUACCGCCGCCCCGGAAAGUCAUCACUUUCAAAGACCCAUCGCCAACUUACGCUUCGGUGGAUGCCGCUGGAGCCGAAGAGGAACAGGAAGAUGCCGAGUAUCGCCGGGCCAGCAAACGUCUUCGGACGAGGGAACAAAGCGCCAUAACGACCUCGAUACAAGCCACUGCCACCGCUGCUCGGUCUCUUCUGACAUCAGAAGAGGAUUUGGUAACGGAAGACUGGGAACGAGGCUCAAGAGGGGUUCUCCCCAAACGGAGCCAGCCAUCCGAAGACCUCGUCUACUCCUCCUCCUACCUCUCCACCAACCAAAACGUCCAAAUCGGUAAAUCAACCACGUUGACAACCCUCAUCAUCACCUCGGGCAGCACCCACCAGCUUCCCCUCGAUCGGUCCCGCACCCAAAUAUGCACCCUCGUCAGCGGCAAGCUGAGGGUGACGAUCAACAAUGGCGAAGAGGAGUUUGUCGUUGGCCCACGUGGUGUGUUCAAGGUCAGCCCGGGGGCGACGUGCUUGCUGGAGAAUUGGUGCUAUAUGGAUGCGGCGGUGCAUGUCACUGCUGUGGCUGAUCAGUAG